AUGGACGACUCGACAUCGAUGAGCAAUUUCGUUCUAUCACCAUUUGCCUCCUAUCUCACUGAUAUUCAACAAGCUUUGACAUGGUCAAUGUUAAGUUUUCUCAUAUUUGGCAAUAUCGGCAAUCUGCUGAAUUGCUUCGUAUUCCUUCAAAGGCCACUUCGAUCGAAUCCUUGUUCGCAUUAUUUAUUUGUUUCAUCGAUUACUAAUAGUAUCGCAUUGUCCUUUACUAUUCCGACGGGCAUCUAUGCAAUGGAACAGAUGGAUCUCACGUCGUACUCAUUAAUCUAUUGUAAAUUCCGUCUCUAUAUUUACCACUCAUUAUUGAUGAUUUCGCGUUAUUUGAUUAUCUUGGCAUGCUUCGAUCGAGCUUGUUUAUCUUCACGACGUCCAGCGAUUAGAAAUUUAAGUCAUAUACGUUUCGCUCGAAUUCUCAGCGUGUUUACAAUCGUCUUUUGGUUCAUAGGAGCUGCCCACUUGCCACUUGUGGUAGACAUUCAAUUUGGAGAUUGUAUACUACCUGGUGUAUAUCCUCUUAUUUUCAGCAUCUAUGCCGUUAUUUUUGCUGGUAUUAUUCCACCAGUUGCAAUGACUAUAUUCAGUGCAUUUACAUUGCGGAAUUUACAUUCAGUUCAUGUUCGUAUUCAUUCAAGAAGUGCGCCAACGAAUGCUGUCAUGCGUCAGCGUGACAUUCAUUUAACCCGAAUGUUAACAGCACAGGUGAUCAUAUAUGUUUUAACCACAACACCAUAUCCACUAAAUACGUUAUAUGCAGCGAUUACACUUUCGACAACCAAGGGCUCUGACCGACAAGCUAUUGAAGGAUUUAUCUAUUUUGUUACAAGUACAUUCCUUUUAUUUAUCAAUCCAUCGGCAACAUUCUAUAUUUAUUUUACAACAUCGAAAGCGUUUCGAACAGAAUUACAAGCUGCUUGCAAACGUCUGUGGCUGAACAUUCUACGGAAACCACAGAAUCAAUCAUCUGUAAGAAAUAUCUCAUCAAAUGUUCAGCCACAAGCGAAUCCUAGACAAACUAGAUAA